CUGGGUUUAAAGGGAGCCGCGGGAGCGUGCGGCUUCGGCUACCGUUUGUGCUGCGGAGCGGAGCGGGUCCCUCACGCUACUGCCCGUGACCAUGGCGCUGCCCGCGGCGCGACGCGUCCCCGUCACUAGAGGGAUGGAGAAUGCUGUGUCUGACCUUAGAAGUAAAGCAAAAACUCACCUUCCUGGCAGAAGGGCUGCCUUGGAAGAAAUUGGAAAUAAAGUUACAACAAGAGGAACACGCCUAAUUAAGAGAGCAGAAUGCCCCAAAGCAUCCAUAAAACCUGUGAAAGGACCUAGCAAGACCACAAAUGGAACUGUACUGUGUAAAGCUCCAGCUGCUGUGAAUCAAGUAAUUAAGGAAACUGAUGUUCCAAAGGCUUUGUCUCCUGUCCCUAUGGAUGUAUCCAUGCAAGAGGAGGAUUUGUGCCAAGCCUUCUCUGACGUGUUGCUCAACAAUGUGGAAGACAUUGAUGCUGAGGACUCAGAGAAUCCCCAGCUGUGCAGUGACUAUGUCAAGGACAUCUACCUGUAUCUGAGAGAGCUUGAGCUGCAGCAGUCUGUCCGCCCCCAGUACCUGGACGGGAGGACCAUCAACGGGCGCAUGAGAGCAAUCCUGGUGGACUGGCUGGUCCAGGUCCACUCGAGGUUCCACCUCCUGCAGGAGACGCUGUACAUGUGUGUUGCGCUCAUAGAUCGCUUCUUACAAAGUCAUCCAGUACCUCGCAAGAGGCUUCAGCUGGUGGGUGUAACAGCGAUGCUUCUAGCUUCAAAAUACGAAGAGAUAUUGUGUCCUGAUGUAGCAGACUUUGUUUACAUUACUGACAAUGCCUACACCAGCAGUGAAAUAAGAGAAAUGGAGAUGAUUAUUCUUAAAGAAUUGAACUUUGAUUUGGGACGACCUCUUCCAAUCCACUUCUUAAGAAGAGCAUCAAAAGCUGGGGAGGCUGAUGCUAAGCAACACACUCUGGCAAAAUACCUGAUGGAGCUGACACUGAUAGACUAUGACAUGGUCCACCAUCGUCCUUCAGAGGUUGCAGCUGCUGCAUUAUGCUUGUCCCAAAAGAUCCUGGGACAUGACAAAUGGGGCACAAAGCAACAAUACUACACUGGGUAUGCAGAAGACAGUCUUCUGAUGACUAUGAAACACAUGGCCAAGAACGUGGUCAAAGUAAAUGAAAAGUUAACAAAAUACACUGCUGUACAGAACAAGUAUGCAAGCAGCAAACUCAUGAUGAUCAGCACCAUCCCUCAGCUGAGCAGUGGGAUAAUCAAGGACCUGGCUGCAUCACUCCUAUGAAGACCCUGGGCAGAGCCAAGGCCUGAUGGGGGGGUGUGUGCACUUUGUCUUGUCUGCUGAGGCAAAACCACUGCUCUUUGUACAUAGAAUUCUCCAGCCCUCCCACAGACUCUGCAGACUCGCCCGGAAGGUGACGUUUUAAACUUGUUCUGUAACACAACUUUCUACCUACCAAUAAAUAAAGCUCCUGUCUUUUCAA